UAUGAAAGAGAAAUCAGUCUUAUCCAUCUUUAAUAAAAUAAUUAGCAAGAGAUUACACACACAUUACACAUACAAUUACACAAGCAUACAAUCGAGUAUCGUAUGAAUAUGUCCGAUGACUGUAUAGAUACAUAAUUAAUGUAGCGAUGCGUUACAAUCGAUCCCUGUUUUCCUCUUCGUUAGCAAUAAAUGAAAAUGUAAAUGCUUCUUUCGUAAUAACUAAAACGCAAACGACACGUCUGGUUAUAACGACAUGCCGCAAUGCGAGACGAUGCGACACAGCGCGUGUUCUGUAACAUUUGUCUAGUGAGCGGCAUGGAAAGCGAGGUAGUCGCAGGUAGUCGCGCUUUGGUCAGUAAUCCGGGAAGCGUUUCCGUUCGGUCGGUGUGCCGAGGAGAGAAUCUCUGUCUCUCGCGUAUGUCGUUUUUUUCACGCGUAGCCAAAAGUAAUAAUCACAAAUCCAGAAAUGCGGAAAUAGUAAAAAGAAAAGAACGCGAAUCGAUCGCGUUCCUCGCGCGUCAAAAUGUAUCGAUGGAACGAACAUGACAGGAUUAUUGUUCGUCAUACUUAUCGUUACUCAUGCGGUCGCAGGAUCGCGGUUCUCCGCGGCCAAUGAAAAGCGAGUAAGAAGACUGAUACGAGAUUGGGCACCUCUGGUAUGGCUUGCACCUGGAGAACGAUUUUUGCCUCUUGGCGUAACCGAAUUUCUCGAUAAUGUACAGUCGGACCAGUAUUAUCUUCGCACUAGAAUAGACGUAGAGUCCUUAUUAAAGAAUCGAUCGUCCUUCUUAUACGGUCGUAAGCCCGCUGGAAGCGUGCCCGUCUAUGCUUUCGUGAAAAAUUGCAUUUCCAGAAGAUUGCAUUUCGCGCGAAUGCUGAAGGAAAAACAGAAGAUUUUAAUGGCGCAACAGGAUUCUGGACUCUUGAUCCAACGACAGAUCAACAGUACCAAUGAUCUGAGAAUACAGAUUAUAUUUCGAGAAAGAAUGCGGCAGGCGGCAACACAGGUGCCACAAUUCGAAAAGACCAGGGAGGAAGAUGAAUAUCGGAAAGUGCAUUUUCACGUAACUUAUUGGAUGUUUUAUCCAUUUAGCGAAGGAAAAACGAUAUGUGUAUUAGAUCUUGGAUUUUUUGGCAGCUGGCCGAUACCCACCAUCGGUGGCGUGUGCAUAGGUACGCUCAAAGAGUAUGGUAGCCACAUCGGAGAUUGGGAACAUAUGAGCCUUUAUUUCAAGGAUAAUGAGUAUCCUCUGGCAAUGUACGUAUCUGCUCAUGAUGCUGGAGCGUUUUAUCAAUAUGACCCGCAAAAUGGCACUUUUGUCUACGAGAGUCAAGAGACGAGAAAAGGUCUCUUCCAGAAACCAAUAUUUCCUGAAAAGGUUUACACCGCUGAUGGUUCACACCCGAUUUUAUUUAGCGCGCGCGGCUCUCAUGGACUUUGGACAGCUCCAGGGAAGCAUAAAUUUGUUCGAGUACCUCGUUUAUAUGAUGAGAGUGGAUUCGGAACUGCCUGGCCGACAUGGAAAAGAUUGGAGUUGCUUUUGGAAGAGGAUAACGAGCCUUUACCAGGCUGGAUGACUUUUAAAGGCAAAUGGGGUAAUCCCAGCAGCAACUGUCAUCCACUAGCGAAAUUAGGUUUUAACAUUUGCGAAUUUGUAGAUGGUCCAACCGGAAUUCCUAUGAAACAAUUCAAUUUUCGAUGUUAACAUUUAUCGUCAUUAAAAAUCAAUUGAUUGAAGAAC